CAACAUCAAUGGCUGCAUCACAAAUAAACAGCGUGUUGUCUGAGAUGGGCAUGUCUGCACUUAUACGUGCGUUCGAACAGGAAGACAUCGACGAAGAGAUUGCGGCGAGCCUUACAGACUCAGAACUAGCUCGAUUGGGACUGGAAACAAUCGGUGAUAGACACCGUUUUCGGGCAAAACUAAAAGCAUUAGGCCGCGUAGCCACAGCUGAUUCAAGUGAACCAAGCACUCACUCAAAUGUGCAGCAGGUGUCAAAUUUUAGACAGCAAAGAAAUAUUUUGUUUGGACGAAAUACAUUUACUUCAAAGAAGAAAAUAAAGUCUAGCAAGAAAUCGGGAUGGACUGCACAGUUUUAUUGUUUAAGCAGCACCACAUGUGAAACUAUUCCAUCUUCAUCUGAGAAAGAGAUACACACACAGGCAGGACUCGGACUGAAAAAGAUUCGCCUUGAAAACCAUGAUAAUGAACAUACGGUACAUGAAAAAAUAAUGUCAGAAAGCGUAAAUGAGCAAAAUGUGACUUUGGGAUUUCCACAGUUGAAGGAUUCUGGAGAGGUUGAACUAUUGAGAACAGGACAAAAUUGUAGAUAUCUAAAGAUCAUUGGUUGUAAAUGGAACUCAAGUGAACUUAAGAGUUGCAUUGGUUCCCAAGCCAGAAUUUAUAUUAGGCCUGUACAAAAAUCAUUAUCAACAAAACCAAUAAAUGCUGUAUCAAUGGAAGAAGAAUGCAAAAGUGAAUGUGAGAGUUGUAAGAAGGAGUUUCCUAUGAGAGAUCUUCGACACCACCUAUUAUAUUGUACAAACAUAGCAUCAGAUAAAAGUGUUGAGAUUGCACCAUCUACAGUAACAGGUGAACUGUCCAUUAACAGAAAUUUAAUGUUAACUGAAGACUUGCCAGACUUGCCAGAAACUUAUAUUAGUGCAGACGACCUUCAGGAACUUAGUAUGGGCAUUAUACUACCAUCAAAUCAUGGCACAGAUAUAAUUCAAUCAAUAAUAGAAGAGGAGUUGACAACUAGCGAUACAGACAUUGCAAUGAUACAACCAAUUGCACACUCAUCCAACUUGUCUGUAAAUGGAAUUGUUGUGCAUUGUAUAGAAAAUAAUAUUGCCAAUCCAGUGGAAAUCCUUAAAUUGUGCCAGCAAAACCUGGUGAAAGGAAGACCUCUUGAGAUUACAGAUAUUAAUGAACCACUUUCAGGGGACACAAACUUCAUAAUUGUUGAUAGGGUGAACAUAUUACAGACCUCUUUUGAGGAACUUUCUGACAAGACAACAGAAGAAUUGGGGAAAACUUUAGAAGUCCAGUUCUAUACAGAGGCAGCAGAAGACUAUGGUGGGCCUAGAAAGGAAUUUUUCAGAAUCAUAUUGAGAGCCAUCAAGGAAAAGUAUUUUGACAGUGGAUUACGAGAACUCUUGCAAGAUGAUUAUCGAAUGGUUGGGAUUGUAUUUGCUCUUACCAUACUACAGAAUGGGAAAUUGCCAACAUUCAUGAAUGCAACUGUUUUGGAGGAAUUAUGGAAUUCAGCUUACCCAUCUUCCUGUAUUAAACAACUUAGAAUAGGACUUGACACCCUUGGAAUAUUUGAGCUUCUGACCCGGCUGCCUUCAUUACAGUUUCUCUUUCAUGCAACUCCUGUAACUCUAACGUUGAAGAGGCUUAUGAUCAUUUUGAAAGCUGUAUUUAGUGAGAAUGGGUCCAACAGACAAACCCUAGAAAAGGAUGUGUAUGCAAUAUUUGUGAAAUAUGUAAGGGAAGUGGCUAGUGGUAGGAGAGGCUCUGUAUCUCUAGGACAUAUCCUACAGUUUGCCACAGGGACUGAUGAAGAACCUAUGCUUGGCUUUUCCAUUCAUCCGUCUAUAGAAUUUGUAGAAGUCCAAGCAAACUCCUCCUUCAUUCCAACAGCCAACACCUGCAUAAAUUGUAUGAAGUUACCAAGACCAUCUUUGGAAGUUAAGCUACCUGCUGAUACAGAACUGUUUUCAUUGUAUGAUUAUGCAUUUAUGAAUUCAUUUUAUGGUCUUAUCUAAUAAAAAACAAAUUAUUGACAAAGUGGAGUUGGCACAACAACAUUUAAUUAGCAUACUGAAGUCUCUGUUAUAUCCAGGAAUAGGAGAACAAAGUGCUCACUCAAUUGCUCUGGUGAGCUAUUGGCAAACAAUUAGAAAUAAUCUAAUGUGCUUGGUUCUAUUUAUUCAGUUAGUUCAUGGAUUUUGAGUGAAACACUUAUUCCCUCUGGGUCUGACUUGAUCAAUUGUGAAUCAAAUAGUCUAGUCUCACUUUGCCAACAAUUGACUUUCAAUUAUAUGAGACACCUAUAGUGAUAGUUCUAGUUUAUAUGUUCAAUUGUCUCCCAUACAGACAAUGACUCCACAUGAUUAUUGAAUAUUGCUGCAUGAGACACUGUUGAUGAUAUUUCCAGAAAAGCAUGUACACAUUUUUGUACAAACUGAGAUUUGUUUUAACAACUGUAUAAGUAGACUUAAUUCUUCGCUGUUAAAUAAUUGCAGUCAUAAAACUUUCACAGAAAGA